UAAGCGCUAUUGAAAUAAGAAAUUCGCUAAAAAUCCCUAAAUAAAUCCCAAACCUAUCUUAGACAAUUCUUAACGUUUCGAACAUAAUAUUAUAUUUAUCUACAAUCUAGGAUUAAGGACAUACAAAAUCGUGUAACAUGGCUUUAAGGAUGUUGUUAUAGAGAAAUUGCUCAAUAGAAGGGAGGUGUUAGUGGUUUUUUGUCAAGCGUUAGUAAAAGAUUGAUAAAUGUGCGACCGGUACCCAGGGUACCUGUUCGGCGGGACCCCAGUCAGCAGCUGGGACAGAAGCUUUAAUUCAUUAGAAAAUCAAAUACAACAGCAGUAUCGGGGUCGAUUCAACCCGGGCGUUCGUUGCUGGGGCAGCAUGUCUGAAGGUGGGGGCAUUUCGUCUGCCGGCGGCGAUACUAGCAGGACAAACCUGAUAGUCAACUAUCUACCGCAGACUAUGACAGAAAAGGACCUAUACGCUAUGUUCAUGACCAUAGGACCUAUAGAAAGUUGCAGAGUUAUGAAGGAUUUUAAGACUGGUUACAGUUACGGCUUCGGUUUUGUAAACUUCACAAGAGAAGAGGAUGCAGCAAGAGCGAUCGACACUUUCAAUGGUUAUCAACUCAGAAAUAAGCGGUUAAAGGUAUCAUAUGCGCGUCCAUCCGGUGAAGAUAUAAAGGAGACGAACCUUUACGUCACAAAUCUUCCUCGAGCCAUCACGGAGGAGCAGUUGGAGACCAUAUUCGGCAAAUACGGGCGAAUAGUACAGAAACACAUAUUAAGGGAUAAGAAUAACGGCAACCCCAGGGGUGUGGCCUUUGUUAGGUUUGAUAAGCGUGAAGAGGCUCAAGAGGCAAUAGCGGCGCUUAACAACGUCAUACCGGAGGGCGGUACCGAACCGCUUUGUGUUAAGAUAGCGGAAGAACACGGCAAACAGAAGGCGGCAUAUUACGCCGGAUGGGCGGCGGGCUUCCAUCACAAUCGAGUACCACCAGUGGCACCGCAAAGGCACCACAGCCUAGACCAGCUGGAUAUGCUGCACCGGCAAGACUACAACCACACAUACCACAUGUACCAGCCCCAAAACCGGUACCGACGCGAUUUCUACCAGCCGGCAUAUAUGGCCCACCAUCGUCCGUUUUGAAAAGGGCUAUACUGCAAGAAGUUCCGCCUUAACGAUUCGAGGAUAUAGGCGUUUGGACUUUAAUAAUCGUUUGUGUUAUGUGACUGGUUUAGUGUUAAGGGUUUAGGUUUGUGCGACUCUGUUAUGUUUUCUUUUUAUAAAGGUUAUUCGCUCUUCCCUUUUCUUUUAAUUUAUAGUGUGUUUAGUUACCAAUCUCCUACCCCCACUCCUCUUCUCCAUCGUCUCUCCCUCUCCACCUAAAAGAGAGAGUAUAUAGCAUGAUCGCGUAUAUAACUACGCUUUUCUGGGGAUGGACGCGCUUGAUGAUCGAUUGUUGUAGAAUGAUAGCGAUAUUAUGACGAUGGCAAUGCUUUGUGAUUGGCCGACACCCUUAUUGGCCCUUAGUGGAUGAAAUACACAAUUUGAGCGAGCGUACCAUCUUUGCAUCGGUUGUACGGUGUAACAUGCUAGCUUAUAGAUUAGCUCGUUGCUCUGUGUAUGCGUUUUUGCAUAUGCUGUGUAUUAACUACACCAAAUGAUCCUAUUACAACUUCAAGAGACCUGUACAACGAUGCCACUUUGGAAUGUUCGUGGACGCUGAAUACGACAGCGCUGUCAUUAGUAAUAAAAUUGCGGGUUUCUGGAAACUCCGUAUAUCUAAUAAUUCUCUGAUAAAAGUCGUCGCUCAUGAUAGUAUUUUCUUCAACGAA